AUGGCCGCAACGAAUGCCGAGAAGCCCGCAUCUGCCGCCCCGGCCACCCCAGCGCCGGCCAAGGCGCCAUCUUCCUCGGCCAAGUCCGAAUUGAAGGCCGUGAAGUCUGAGCGCUCCCUCAACGCCCCCGCUAAACCAACGGAGGGCGCCGCGCCCACCCGCCUUGAUGCCCUGCGUGAGGAGGGCACCAAGGUCGUCACCGAUGUUCGCGCCAAGGCUGUUGAGGUGGUGGAGCUGGCGGCUGUGAAAGCACAAGCCGCCAAGGUGCGCGCUUUGGAGUCGGCCCACUCCUUACAGACCAAAGCUGGGCAGAUGAAGCAAUCCAUCGUCACCUCCGCUUCCGAAGCGAAAGAUGCGGGCAUCCGCAGGGCACAGAUGGCCAAGGAGGCCGUGGGCACCAGCUACACAUCCCUGCGCACCAAUGGCUUGCGGCCCUGGGUAUCCGAGAAUGUCUCGAUGGCGAUGAGCUUCGCGGCUACAGCUGCACGCAGCUCCCGCGCCGCCGCCAUGCGCCAGGUCCAGUGGUCCGUGGAUUCGGCAAAAGCCAUGGCCCAGUCGGUGAAGACUGCUAUGCAGACCCGGGUGCUGAACACCAGAAAGGCCGUGCUCGCCACCUAUGCCAAGAGUAAGAGCAGGGCCAUGAAUGCCAUCGACACUGCGAAGACCAAAGCUGUUGAGGCUAAGGACAAGGCCAAGGAUGUGGUCCACGACAAGCACGUGCAGGCCACGGCAGCUGGAGUUGUUGGCGGUGCUGCCACGCUGGGUGUUUCUGGAGGUGCCACAGGACUUGCGGCGGGCACCCUGGUAGGCGGCGCUAUUGGCAUCCUACCUGCCCUGUUCACUUUCGGCCUUUCCAUCCCUGUGGGUGCGGCCAUCGGUGGUGGGGCAGGCCUCGCUGUGGGUGCAGCUGCCGGCGCUACUGCCGGAGCUGUCAGCGGCGGUGCGGCAGGCUAUGGCGCAUACGCCAAGCGCAGCCAGAUCAAUGAGUUCCGGCAGGACACUGUGAACAAGGUCUCCAGCAGCGUGGAUGCGGUGAAGGGCAAGGCCGUCGCGUCCGCGCAGUUUCUGAAGGAUAAGGCUGCUCUGGCUCGAAUGCGCCUCGCCGGCAACGCAGCCACGGCUGCGUGA